AGAGAGAGAGAUACAGAGAGAGAGCAAUCAAGUCUACUUCUUUGAGUCUUUUUGUCUAACUGAACAGGCAGCUUGAUGCGUUUCAUAUCUUGUAGUGGAUAAGCUCACAAAUCUGACCUACAGAGUAGAAAGCUCAGGAAAAGUAGGAAAAAGUACCAAAAACGUCUUAAGAAAAUGACCAACAUGGGUGUUCAGGUUGCACUCGUCGUCCUCCUGUUCAUCGGUCCCCUGAAGGCUGAUGAAGGGGGAGUAAAAUUCUGGAGGACAAUUGUCACACUGACCUGUCCAGGAGAAGGAGAUUGGUUUAACAAAGACGGGAAAAAUAUCAGCAGUUCAGAAUCCACAUAUGAAUUCAAAUAUGAAAAUGACAAGAAAGGACCUUACCACUGUAAAUAUAUCAAGGACGAUAAAGACUACACAUAUUAUUUCUAUGUGCAAGGAAAGGUGUGUGAAAAUUGUUUUGAGCUGGAUGCAUAUCUGUUUUUAAUUGCCAUCAUUGCUGACGUGACCAUCACAGCAGUUGUGAUGAUGAUCAUCUUCAAGUACACCAAGAAGAAAAGUUCAGCUGGACUCAAUCACACUCCCAAACUACCUGCUCGUUCAGCAGCCCGGAGUCAACCUGCCUCAUCUUCUGACUAUGAGCAACUGAACCAACGCACUCGCUCCCAAGAGACUUACUCAGUUGUGAACAGGACGGGAUAAAGACAAGUCACCUGAAUGCACCAGGUUGCUGGUUCACAGGCUGCACGGACGAAGACUAACAUUUACAAAAGAGAUACAUGAACAGCAAGCGUGCUCCCGGGAGCAUGCAAGCACUUGGUUUUGUUCAUUCGGAUUUACAGGGUCAUUGGCAGAGAAAACACACAUUUCCUCACUUACCCCUAGAAUUACCUGGCCAGGUAAAGUAGUAUAGGUUUCAUUUGUUUCAGGUAUAACUGAGGUGAAUGGCAUUUAGUUUGUGGUGCUCACAGUAUUUAACAUUUUAAUUAAACAGAUUUUUUCUGAACAAGUAGUCCCCAUGAGAGUGGAUUAGUAAUGGUAACAGGGACAUUGUUUCUGUAUCUUGCUGUAAUUCAGUCAUUCCAACCCUGAGGAUAUUCCUACCUUACCAGCAGAUUCACAGAAAGAACAUGUAGCUCACCUAAUUUGAAAAACAAUUACGAUUUGAUAAUAUAGUGUAUAUUGACACAUUACGUUUAUGAGGAAUUUAUUACACACAGAUUGGUGUUACGCUAAUCUUCAAUGUAUUCAUUGUAACUACCGCAGUCUCACAGUUUCUUACUGACGUGUAUAAUGUAUGAAAACCGGCAAGCAAAAAGCAAACGAAAGUCUAAAAUUCAUACAAAUGGCUGAAAUUACUUUUAGAAUUGUGAAUGUAAGCCUGACAGGAUUUCUGAAGAUCAUCAGCAAUUCCAGGAUCACUGUAUAUGUCCGAUGUGUUGUUUUGCAAUGAAAUACUUUGAACAGUUCCAUGAAGCCAUCACAUGUAUCCCUAUUGAAGGUGAGGUGUACAAUAAAGGGGUACUUGAUGAUCUGAGAGGGCUCUGUGGGGUACAUCAGACCAAAUGGCUAAUGGCUAUUUUAAAGGCUUUCAAUGUUGGGAGCACUAUAAACUAACGUCCAUUGUAUUGGUGUGGGGAAAAGAAAUGUCUGAAACCGACUAUCUGCCUGGCUGGAUACCAGUAGAGGUAAAUGAGCACAUGUACAGUGGCCACUUUAUUAGGUACACCUGUACAGUCUAAUACAGUAUGCAUAUAUAUAUAUUUAUAUAUAUAUAUAUAUACAUAUAUUCAUAUAUAUUCCUUUAGACCCUUUAAUAUAAAAAGAUGGUACUGUCUAAUUCACAAUAUUGUCAUGAAUAAAAAUCAUAACUUGUACUGUCAUUGCAAAUACCGACAAGUUUUCUGUACAUAUACUAUAUGUUUAUGUCAUUGUAAGUUCAGACUUAUCAUAUUGUAAAAAGAACAGCACCCCACCCAUUGAUUCUUUCCUCUUCCCCUCCCCCUCAUUCCUUUUUUUUCUUUUUGUCAUUUGCGGUCAGUGUAUACUGUAAUUGUAACUGUGCUGGGCUCGAUUGUACUGUGCUUAUUGUCUUCAAAUCAAUAAACAUUUAGUUCCCAAAACA